AUCGAUCGAUUGGCACUUUUGUUUACAGACGCGGCCCAGCUUCGUUUCCGAUAAGAUGAUAGCGACAGCUGCCAGUGUUGUGAACGCCUGUCAAAUGCAAACGGGCGUGGCUACUGCCGACAUCGAGUCGGUGAGAAACGGCCAAUGGCCCGAUACUCCGGAAUUGAAGUGUUACAUGUACUGUCUCUGGGAGCAAUUUGGAUUGAUCGAUGAAAAACGCGAACUGAGCUUAAAUGGAAUGCUGACAUUUUUCCAAAGAAUACCGGCUUAUCGUACUGAAGUUCAGAAGGCAAUUAACGAGUGCAAGGCCCUUGCCACGGGUGAUACGUGUGAAUAUGCAUAUGCAUUUAAUAAAUGCUAUGCCGAAAGAUCGCCAAGAACGUACUACCUCUUUUAAACUGAAAAAAUCUUUAAUAAUAACACAGAAGAAAAGUCAUAAAAUCAAUUUAGAACAUUAACGUUAAAAAUGCUCGAAAAUAUGUCAAUUCGCCGAGUAGCUCGAUUUUGUGGAAUUGAGAAGUUUACGGACUGAAUCAAUGAUAUUCGUAGUACUUGUACAAUCGAUAUCAUAAAUCGCUAAAUGAAUAAUACAAAUAAUCUUAUUUGGUAAUAAACA